CUCACAGAGAGAGCCAGCGAAUGCGUAUGCAUGUCUGAGUCAGUCAGUGAAUCGAUUCCUCUUCCAGUGGACCGAGCCAGACAGCAGUGAGCACCCAGUUGAAGAGUGCCUCUCCUGGGCUCGAGCGCUGCUCAGAGCCACUGAUUCCACAAGGGAACCGCAGACACUGGCAGGACUGGAGGAGUGUCACCGGUUAACAGAUUAAAGCCCUCUCUGUUUCUCUCUCUCUUUCAUUCCCUCUGAGUGAAGAGAGACAACUCUAGGCACUGCAUGCUGUAAUAACAUUGCUUCUGUGUAAUUUGCUCCUCUCAAUUACUUGUCCUUCCUCCUCUGCUUUUACACUGCUGCGGUUUGGAGGAAAGGCAGGGCACGAUUCAAAAGGGCUUGUGCGUCUCUUGUGCUGCCGCCUCGUUCUCCCUCAGUCCUUCUUUCUCUCUCUUUCUUUAAAUGUAAGUGGAAGGUGGGAUUGGGGGGAGUGCAUUAGGGAGUGGGAUAAACCGUUGCGGCCAGCUGGAGAGAUGGGCAAAUCCAACAGCAAACUAAAGCCUGAGGUAGUGGAAGAGCUGUGCAGAAAGACCUACUUCACAGAGAAGGAAGUUCAGCAGUGGUAUAAGGGUUUUAUCAAAGACUGCCCCAGUGGUCAGUUGGACGUAGCUGGCUUUCAGAAGAUCUACAAGCAAUUCUUCCCCUUCGGUGAUCCCACCAAAUUUGCCACCUUUGUCUUCAAUGUCUUUGAUGAAAACAAGGAUGGACGAAUCGAGUUCUCAGAGUUUAUUCAAGCUUUGUCUGUCACAUCCAGAGGGACGCUGGAUGAAAAACUCAGAUGGGCCUUUAAACUUUAUGAUCUUGAUAAUGAUGGCUACAUAACCCGAGAUGAGAUGCUGAACAUUGUGGACGCCAUCUACCAGAUGGUGGGGAACACAGUGGAGUUACCCGAGGAGGAAAACACACCAGAGAAAAGAGUCGACCGCAUCUUUGCUAUGAUGGAUAAGAAUGCAGAUGGGAUGUUGACUCUACAGGAGUUUCAGGAGGGCUCCAAGGCAGACCCCUCUAUUGUACAAGCACUCUCCCUUUAUGAUGGCCUGGUGUAGGCCCAUCUGAAAGUGGCGUUCAGUAAUCAAUACAGUCCAUUUAUGUCAUCCUGCUGGCACUGUGAGAGGAAAACUGACCUGUCACCAAUCUCUUGGACCUGCCAAGUGCAUUGUAGGUGUUGCUCUUAAGAGGGGAUCAGCUGUCAGUCACUCAUCUCUGGAAAUCCAAAAUUCGCUCAAGACAAUGUGAACCCUUGCAGAACUCAUUUGGGAUGAGUGAUGUACAGUAAAAAACCUCAUGAGAGUCUGAUGGGUUCAGUGCCCGUUUUGUAAAGAAGACACUCAUAUGGACAGUGACUUUGAGGGCAUCCACAUCAGUGUUAUUAAAUGUAAAACUCAAAUAUUCUAAACACCAAUGAAUGAGUUCAUUAUAUUGCUGUGGACUUUGUCAUAGGACCCAGUUGGAUUUUGGUCUAGCCUUCACUACAUGAUGAACGAAGAUGCAUUUGCAACGUUCCAUGGGGCUUCAGCAAGCACUGGCAUUGAACAACAUGCAUCUAGCUUUAUUUAUUUAUAUAAUCUUUCUAUGUAAAUUAGCAAUCUUCAACAAUAAACAAAAACUUAUAAAUCUCCUUAUAAAUCUCAUGCUUAUUCUUGAGACCUGAUAGUUAACGUCUGGCAGCCAUGAUGUAUUAUACUGAGACUGUAUUUACUCACAUGCCCCUGCUUUGCUUGACCCAUAGGCAGCCUCAUUGUACACCUUGUGAUGUAGAAUGCAAAUUUUCUACAGUAUUGCAUAUGACUGUCGUGAUGGUGUGGGCGUAUAUAUGAUGAAGUCAGCACUGGCAAACAUGCUCUUCUCAGACAGCUAUUGUGUUGCACCUCUGGCUUCUUUGAAAGUAUGAGAUUAAUUUUGUACCAAUAGCAUAUACAGCAUUCAUCAGCACUGCACAUGCCCGCAGUGUUUGAAGUGUUGGUGUAUUUAGAUUACUGCUAAUGUUACGGGUGUGGUUAAAAUCAUCUUGGUUAAAGUCUUUUUUUUAAGCCCAACAUUUCAUCUUUCUAAUAUGGCCAUCUGGGAAUGUUACAAGGUCUAUCUGUUCUCCAAUUGCAAAUGCACUGCUGAGUUUGUCUUAAUGUCACAGAGACACUGCAGUAGGUGAAAUAUUGUGGUUAUGGGGUAAUG